AUGGAAAACGUGGGAUCACCCUCCCCCUCCGCCGCCGACAAUGGUACGCCGAUGCAACCAACGUCCUCCUCGACUCCUCCGGUGCCAUCAUUUCCAGCUCCCCUCGGCACUACCGGUGUCCUUCUCGUCAGUCCAACUGAAAGGCGGAAACGCGGAAGGCCGAGGAAGCAUGCUACGGAGAGUUCCGUGAGCCCUGGGAUGACUGCUCCUUCAACGUCUCAGGUCGCCGGCAGUGGACUUUCGUCUCCUACGGCAGAUGUAGCGAGCCCUGGGAUGACUACUCCUUCACCGUCUAAGGUCGGCGGCGGUGGACUUUCGUCUCCGGCAGAUGAAGCGGCGGUUUCUGCUGUGCCUGUGAAAAGGGGUAGGGGAAGACCGCCUGGUUCUAAAAGCAAGCAGAAAAGUGUUGGUUCGGGAUCAAAACCAGCAGCGCUUGGACCUAUGCAAUCGCACGUGAUCAAGAUAGAAGCUGGGGAGGAUGUAUUGGCCAAAAUAAUGUCAUUCUGCAAAAGUACCUCAAAAUCAGUGUGCCUUCUGUCAGCCAAUGGUUCCAUAUCUAAAGUAUUACUUCGCCAAACAAGUGCAAUUGAAACAUAUGAGGGACUGUUCCAGAUCAUUAAUCUGUCUGGUUCCUUCUUUGUCUUGGAAUCUGGUGGUGAAUGCAGCACAGAAGGUGGCUUGACUGUGCUAUUUGGUGGUGAAGCAGAUGGUAAUAUUUGGGGGGGCAGUGUGGCAGGGCUCCUUACAGCAGCAACUGCUGUUCAGGUUAUUGUUGGUAGCUUCAGCACACAGAAACAGAAGCCGCUGAAGUCAGACACACUAGCUUCUGGAGCAUCAGCAUCCAGAAGUGCUAUGUCAGUAAGUGGGCCUGAUAGUCCGCCUGAUGAAACUAGGAAGAAGAGAAGCUCUCCUGGAGUUAAGGGUCAGCUGCCCUGGAAAUGA